AUGAAGCCUGAGGAGGUGGGUCUCUUCUUGGCUCACAUGGGCUGUUGGGCCUCCCUCUUGUUGGGCUCCGUGUUGGCCUUCACUCUUCAAAGGGGGAUCUACCCUCUGAAUCUGCACGAAGUGCCAUGGGCCAUGGUCCUUUCCUCAUCCUUGAGCUCGGCACUCUUCAACUUCCUCAUCAAGUUCGGCUUGUCGCGGGAGACGCCCGUGACCACCAGCCUCGGCACCCAAAUAGGAAUCCCUCUGAACUUGUUGGUGGAUGUGCUUAUUGUCCAUAGCCACUUUCGUUGGUGCCAAGCUGCAGGAGUCCUCACCAUGCUGCUGAGCUUCAGCGUGUGGCACCACUCCGAGGCAGGUCCGCGGCCAGGGCCCGCGCGAGCGAAGGAGCUCCAGGAGUCCUCUGAACCGCUACUGAAUUCACUCUGA